AUGUCGCUCAACGGGCUCGACAAUGUAGAAGUCACACAGGCGUACCAGGGCGCCCUCGCCGAGGCUGGUGGUUGGUUCCUGUUGAGAUACACGUCGAGGGACUCUGUCGAGGUCCUCAAGCGGGGCACUGGCGGAGCAGGAGAGGCGCGCGCUGCCGUCGCUCAGUACGAGGACAAGUCACCGCUAUAUGGCCUCCUGCUCUACCGUCGGCGCAAGGUCUUGGUCAAAUAUGUGCCUGAUGGCACUUCGCGCCUGCUGCAAGCACGUGUCGCUGUCCACUUCAUAAACAUCUCGGAGAAGUUUGCGCCUCACGAUAUUGUCCUGUCCAUCUCCACCCCAGAGGAACUUAGUGAUGCCGCCCUCGCAUCAGCAUGCAGUCUGCACACCGCCGCCCCUUCGAGCUCCUCAUCCAGCGGGUCGUCGCGCGGGCCAAAACUUAGUUGGAUCCAGGAAACUGCCGAAGAGACAUGUCAGCCAGACUCAACUGAAAAGUUGGCGGCGUCGGAAACGGCGGAUACCAGUAUACCCACCAUAAUGGAGCCGUCGAGAAGUAGUACUGAGGAAGACCCCACACGGUGUGCCUCUCUUACCUCGCAAACCGAGUCUGUUCCCUUGAUACUGGAGGAAAAGGUUGUUGGCCAUAAGAUUGUACCGCACAUCUCUCAUGUCACCGUUGAGACAGUGACUGAGCCACCAAAGACACCGGAGAACACUGAUCUGUCAGACCUGCAAGACACGUUCAAGAACUACGACUCGCUGUUUGAAGGCGGACCCGAGCCGCGAAGCUCGUCUCAGACGACGCGGCCAGACUACAACGAGCUUUAUGAGCACUACUACGCGCAGUACACCAAGCCCAAGGUCAAACUGGGCCCACGGCCACGCCAGUCACUCGAAGGAAAGCGCCCGGCCACGUCAGGGAACACGUCACAAGACAUGGCAAGACAGGUGGCAUCGCUCCCCGCGGGGCUGCGCUCUGCGGCGCGAAAGGCGGCCCAGAAGGAGUCCAAAACUGCCUCGUCCAGCGCUGUUCCCGCCAUUGCGGUUCCUCCACCACUCGAUUUACCUCCGAUGCCCGAGGUGCCACACUCGCCUGUUUCGUCGCUAUACACGCCACGCUCGCCGAUUAGUGUCAAGUCUAUGCCUGUUGCUGCGUAUAAGAGCCACCUUCGAGCUACGGGAACCACGCAAGAGCGGACGAGGCUGAUGAAGGCCCUGGAGCUGCGCAAGAAGCAGCAGCAGGCUCAGCAGGCGAAGAAGGAUAAGGCGGUCGACGAGUCGACUGUAGAUACUGAGGAUCCAGGAGGUGAAGAGGCGGUAGACUCGGCAGAAACGACUCCUACCGAACAUGGCGAGGAGCCCGAGGCAAACAAAGAGACAUUGCUUGGUGAUAAUCUGCCCACUUCGCAAGGCCCAAGCAAUUCUGGGCUCGUCUUUGCAGACAACCCAACGGAGGGAGACGACCUAAACUCGACUGUGUCGAUAUCAUCUCCCAUCUCCGCCCAAACCCACGGUUCGUCUGGCGCACCAUCAACGCGGCCGUCGUCCCUGUCCGAAGAUGAGAGCGGACUAGUAGACGACCCACAAAAGCGCCAGGGUACGCUAGAGUCCCAAGCUCCUGAUCCCUUUGACGAAGAACAAUCCGUCGACAGUACACCAACCGUGGUCGCUGACAGCACCACCCCCCCUCCACCCACCGACGCCUACAACGAACCCACGCAGGGUCCGCUAAUCACCCAACGGGCGCCUUCUUUCGACGACGAUGCAGACAGCAGCAGCAGCAGGAGGAACACGCUGAGGCCUGCCGGGGACGACACCCACGCCCGCCGCCGCUCGAACCGGGAGUCGACCAUAUACAUGCCCUCAGAUGCGGCAGCGCAGCCAGAACAGGGACCAGCGACAAAGCGCCAAAGAGAAUCUAUGCUGUUACCCGCUGGCUCAAAGAGGGACAGCUGGUUCGAAUCCAAGGGGAAGCGCCGUGCACAGCUCGACCCACUCCACGUCAGUGCGGAAAACUCCGAAACCGAAUAUCUGUCCGACGACUCCUUCAUGGAAGAGUUGCAGAGCGCUACAGUACAUGAAGCCAAGCCUAUGUCUGUGUCCAAGUCGCCCAUCAUGCCCUUCUUCCCACGCAAGUCACCGUCCCAAGCUGAGCUGUCGACACCCCCCAGGUCAGCAUCGUCAAACUACCCUACUAGUCUUACGCGUCCCUCCCCCGAACAACAGCCUGCUCGCAAGGUAUCUGGCGGCUGGCCGCCGCCACCACGGUCCGACACGUCGUCGGCUCCCAAGAAGAUUAAUGUUUCGUCUGGCAUCUCACAAAGAAUCAAGGCUCUUGCCGAAAAGACCAACAGGGAGUCGGCUUCUGUGAACCCUGCAGCCGCCACCCUGAGUGCGCCGAGUUCGUCUGUUGCCCAACGCAAGUCUUCUUUCUUUGCAUCCUCGCCUCUUGACACAUCGCCCAAUGGAUUGUCUGCCUCUCGCAAUGGAAACACCUUGAUCCGGCCGUCGUCUUCUGCCUCGAUGAUUGACAGGAAACCGUCGGGCCCAAUCAAGUCAACCGUAUACAACGUGCAACAGGGGCCCGAGAAGCCAGAGUCUGUUCAGGUUACUGCACGAAUUGUUCGUGAUGAGCGAACAAUGAACCCCACCCUAGCCAUGCCUACCGAGAGCACGCCGCUGGAACUCCACCAGAGCCCCCUGAUUAUUGACCACCAAAUAGCCACUCCCGCACCCAAGAGCCCCCCUCAGCCGCCGAAACCGGAGACACCGGCCUCUCGAGACACUUCGUCAUCACACUCUCGGGACCACAGUCUGGCACCCUCGCGGACGUCUUCGGAGAGCACAUGGAGGACAUUUGGUCGGCGGAUGAGUGAGUCGAGGUCUGUUCACAGCCAUGAUGGCGACGAGAAGAAGGAAGACAAGAAGGAAAAGAAGGAGUCGCGCACGACCAAGAUGUUCAAGCGCAUGUCUUCAUCCAUGUCAUCCAUGCCCUGGAAGAGCUCGAGCAGCAGCCUGACACUUCCGGAGAACGACAUGCGGUCGACAUCGUUGUCGUCUCUUCGCGAGCCACCGCCUCCCAUGCACGUUGGUGACUUGAAUGUUCAAUUUCCCGACACUUUGCUCUGGAAGCGAAGAUGGGUCGAGAUCGAUUCCAUGGGCAACCUUGUCCUCAGCCCGUCCAAGCACAACGAGAAGGGAAUCGUCAAGCGUUUCCACCUCAGCGACUUCCGCGCCCCAUACCCUCCAGACCAGGACCGACAAGAGCUGCCCAACAGUGUUGUCUUGGACUUUGUUGAUGGCCGAACGCUGCAGUGCGCGUGCGAGACACACACAGCGCAAGCCCAGGUUCUGCAAAUCCUCCGUGAAGCGCACGAUGCUUGGCUAGCAUACAACCAGGCGCAGUAG